CGGGUUGGUGGUCGCAAGGCUGGUCGAUCAGAACCAGGAGUAGUGCCCUCUAUUGUGGGCUUCACCAAAGAUUCAGUUGCUCAUGAAUCGGACCGUCUUGCCCCAGGAGAUAGAAUAUGCAGCGUCAAUGGUAUAUCCACUGCACGACUCACCAAUGAAGAAGUAUUGCGGCUGUUAGACAAUGUUGAAGAAAGAGCUUCUUUGGAAGUGGAAUACUACAUGCCUAAUUAUGCUUCCCAAAAUUCACUGUACAUUACAACUAAGCUAGCGGAAGUGCCAGUUGAGAAAGUAAAUGGUUCAUUAGGAAUAACUAUAAGAGGUGGUCUCCCAGAGAACUCGGCACCUAGCGCAGACUUGGUACUUAAUAGUCGAUCAUUGGACGCCCUCCCCUUAGUUGUAACACAUGUUAGGCCAGGGGGUGCAGCUUAUAACACUUCUAGGAUUAAACCUGGCGACAGACUUUUAAAAGUUGAUCAUAUAUCGCUAACAAACAAAACAUUAUCAGAAGUACAUCAGAUCCUUCAGAACUGUCCCCAAGUGACAAGUUUAACUAUCGAAUACGACGUAUCGAUCAUGGAAUCAGUUAAGAUGGCCACUGGUCCCUUACUAAUUGAAAUCGAAAGGCCGUGUAAUGAGGACUUGGGACUGUUCUUAAGCAAUCAGAGAUAUUCGGAUGAUGUCUACAGUUCAGGAUCAGAUACUUAUCAAAGAGUCGGAAAUUGUAAUGCAAUAUACAUUGACAGUAUUUUACCGGCGAGUAUUAGUGAUAGAUGUGGAGCGUUACAUCCUGGAGAUCAGCUGCUGGCCUUCGAUGAUCACGUAAUAGAUGGAAAUAAUUACACAGCUGAAGAAGUUAUGUGUUAUCUAGAGAAUUGUGAAGCUGGAUUUACAAGGUUACACGUGGCACCAAGACACAUUCUUGCACAUGGAGGGCGAUUCACGAGAGAAAAUUCAAUGUCUGGCGCUUCGACGUUAAAUCCGAAAAAACAUAGACAAAGAAACUUUAGACAAAGUUCAAUGCCAAAACUAGGCAUACAAGAUGAUUACGAUGGGCAACAGAAUUACAUGAAUAUGGGAGUGUGUAGGACGGAAUCAUUGAAUAUACAGUUGGAAGUACCCCCGGGGCAGACUAGUGGUUUAGCUGUUCAUGAUGAGAACGCUGCCUUAAUUAUAUCCCAUGUUGCUACUCAAUCUCCGGCUUAUAGGUCUGGUUGUUUACAAAUAAGAGACAGGGUGAUGUCUAUAAAUGGACAUGAAAAUUUAACUGUCGAAGUCGCAAACGAAAUACUACAAAGGAGAAACGACUCGCAUAAUCCGAAGUAUUUGACAUUGAACGUGGAAUUCAGCAUGCCGAAUACAAUAGAAGCCUCCAGCGGAGUAUUUAAUGUAAAACUCGCUAAAACAUCAGCGGGUCUCGGUGUUACAAUCACAGGCUGCAAGCAAAAACUUCUUAGUAAUGAAGAACCGAUGGUAAUAUCAGACAUCAAACCUGGUUCAGUGGCUCACAGAAGUGGCGCUUUAGCUCCUGGUGACCAGCUGCUUGCUAUCAAUGGACAACCAUUACAUAACUUGUCUCUGGACACAGCCUUCAACAUAUUACAAAACUCACCAGAAGAUAUAAUAACUUUAAAAAUUCGCAAACGAGACGUAACAGAAGACUGGUCGAACAUUCACAAACACAACGCAAAGUUGACGUUACAGAGUUUUAGUAAUAUAGAAACGAAAGCCGUCGUGCACAGCGGUGAAGAUUCCGGUCACCACACAGAUAGUCCUAACAACAGUGCUAAAGAAAGUGAAAGAAGUCAUGGUAGUGAUAAUGGGAAUACAGCAGUUUUUAUGGUUGAAUUAAUAAGGCAAGAAAAUGGGCCUUUAGGUUUGACAAUCGCUGGAAGUGAGGAUGUAACGCAGCCUAUUCUCUUAAGUGGACUUGUUGAAGGAGGCUUAGCCGAAAAAUGUGGUAAAUUAUCCAUAGGCGACGAGAUGAUUAGUAUCAAUGGAGAAAGUGUAUUAAAUAAACCACUAUCUGAAGCAAUAAAAUUAUUACAGCAAAGUGGACAACGAGUCCAAUUACAAAUGUGUAGGAAAGUAACUGGUCCACUAGAUUGCGCUGAAUCGAGCGUGAGAGAUUCCAGUCAUUCUACUUCAAGUCCAGGACUGUCAAACGACAGUGCGGUAGAAUCCUGGGAUCAGAACACUCCCGUUCGAACUAGCGCAAAUUGUGGUAAUUCUGAAGUAAUAGAAUACGCGGUACCGGAUAAAAGUAGAAUAAUAGAUAAGCAGCCCUACUCCCCGACAGAUGAAGACAAACUUAUGGCAUCCAGUUUCAAUUCCGCCGCUCCGUAUAGUGUACACGAUUUACCACUUCCCAACUAUUCACUAAAUAAUUCCCUCAAAACUUUCCACUACGAGAAUACCUGUAUUAUACCAGAUAGUACUUUGAAAAAUAAGCAGAAUAUAACUAGAGAAGAUGACGUACAACAGAUCGAAAUACUGACAUCGAAUAUGAAAGACUGUCAGUUACAUAAUAUGGAAAAAUCGUCUUGUAAAUGCGAUUACGUCCAAAUGGGUCCAUAUGGUAUAGUUUCGCCGAAGAGUCGACGACCGAACUGGGAUAGCGAUUAUCUGAAUAAUGGAAUAUACACUGUAACAACGCCGCAAAAAUCACCACUAAAACCGAACAUACCAGCAACUAGUUUUCAAUUUUCGACAAGUCCUAUUUACGAAAAUGAUAUGCCCAGUCUAUAUAGCAGUGAAACUCUAUCGCCCGCUAGAGGUUCGGUCCACCACGUGAUCUUGUACAAGGAUGCAAUUUAUGAUGACUACGGAUUUUCGGUGUCAGAUGGUUUAUAUGAGCGAGGGGUUUAUAUCAACAGGAUAAGGAAAGGCGGUCCAGCUGACAUUGUUGGUUUAUUAAGGCCUUAUGAUAGAAUUCUUCAGGUAAACGGGACGAGGACGGUCGACUACGAUUGCUGCCUUACAGUUCCGUUGAUAGCUGCAGCCGGAGACAGGCUGGAGAUCGUGGUGCAACGAAUGGCUACGUCUAGAGACCUCAAAAUCCAAAGAUCAGAAGACAGUUCCAGCCCCAGUGAUAGUAGUAUUGUGACUAAGACCAUUUAGUGUAUAACACGACUUUAGUGAAGUGACAUGAACAAUUUAAACUUCUAGUUUUAUAAGUUACUUCCUAAAAUGUCGGUUAAUAUAACGUGUACUUACUAUAUAAGAUAAGUUAAUAAUGUUGUUUAGUUAAGUAUUAGCAUAUAAUGAAGAGUGUAUGGAUUGUUCCCUAGAUUUUUUUAUAAUGCUCAAGUCGCUUGAACUCUAUGAAAAGUAGUUUAAGCGCAUUGAUUCUGAAUACGAAGAUUUUAUUAAGAAUCUACUGAAUAAUGAAAAUUGAGUUUUAAGUUCAAUUGUAAAUGACAUAUUUUGUGUUAUCAUAAUAGAUUCAAAAGUGCUUUAAACCAAAGACGAUAUAGUUGCAAAUUUUGUUUUACCCAAAGAUAAAUGUAAUGAUACCAAAGAAUAAGACACCGCAUAGAGAGUAGAAUUAACUAAAAAAUUGUAAAUUAUAAAAGAAAAUUGAUUAAUUGAUACACGUUUGUUUGUUGAAUCUGAUAUGUGCCUGGAUAUUGUUAUGGAAUAGAUGAAUGUAGUAAAAGAAGUGUAAAUUUUAGACUUAAAAUACUUUUCGUUCUUUGAUAACAUUCAUAAAUUUUGACAAAAUAAUAUACUUCGUAAAUUAGUAUUAGAAAUACAGCCGACAGCAUUUCGGCCUGGAUAUAAGCCAAACACGUUAUCUUUACUACUGAAAUCUUUGAAAAAUACAACAUUUUAAAAUUUGUUGAACAAUAUUUUAAAAUAGAAUCAGGUCGCAACGAAAUUUAGUGAAAAACAGGAGAAUUAAUAUUACGAAAUAAUGAUACUGUAAAACUGUAAAAUAGUAUUAGUGAUAAAUUAUUGAAAAAUUAAGAAGUUGUAUCCAUUGAAGUUGAUAAUAAAACGAAAUAAAAUAUU